AACGAAGAUUUCUCCCUUUUGUUCUGUUUAAUAAUUAUUUAUUGGAGGACUUCGACGCGCCGCGCAAACUAUCGUUUUUACCAUUUACUAGAUCGUUGCUCUUUUAAUUCGCAGUGCAACGAUCUGAAGGGUUGACAUCAUCAAUCAAGAUAAAAGUGAGAUCAAGUCAAUAACAUUAACUGGCCCAGGCUGUUGGCAUGAUGAAAACCUUUACUUGGCUCGCUGUUGUAGCGAUAUUCCAAGUAGUUACCGUCAUGGCUGAGGAAUACUAUUGGACCUAUACCUGCGUUAUUGAAGGUUCGGAUAUAAUCAGUGAUAACUCUACCAUUACCGAUAAAUGUACUGCUAGUGGAACUAAUGGAGACGAAGCAAAAGCUGCUGCUUUCUGUCACCAGCCGAACUACAAUGAAGCAAACAACACUUUCUCGGAGUAUGGAUGUGGAGGAUGUCCUGAUAGUGCUGAUAACGGCACCUGCCUAUCUUGUGCAGCCUGGAACGAGACCGCCAGUAUACAGGAUAAUAGCAACUGUAACUCUUACCACCCUCCUAUCUUUACUUAUAGUUGCUUUCAAGGAGGCAUCUCUGUUAAGUGCAGCAAUGGGUCUCUCUUACAGGACAUUCACUGUUGGGGGCCGAAGCCGAGCUACAAGGAGAACAACGCAAACCUAACUGUGUGCGGGUGUGGAUCGUGUGACACUGCUCAUAGCCCCAAUGCUACCUGGAAACUCGACGAUUGUAAAACCUGCGAUUACGAAAACUGCAAUGGAGCCGAAGGGACAACCUUAAUUUUAGCCUCAACAGUUGCUAUUUUCUGGUUCUACGUUUACAGCUACUAGUACUAAUUCAAUUUAAUGACCGAUGGAAAUUAACGAUCGGCCAAAUCUUAAGUAGCUCCUCGCUCGGCUGUCUUUCAUGUUACCAAACUUUGUUUGACUCUCUUAUAUUUGGUUAAUUCUACCAUAAAGAGAGCAGUGGAAUAAUAGAGUAGCUCGUAUUAAUUGGGAUUGGUAUCUUUAUGUGAUAUCCAUCUACUAGUCUAACUUUUACCACUAUGCUUUAAGUUUAAGGGGCCAUCUACUUAGAGUUAGGACGUCCGCCAAAAUUGCAGAUUUUCAGACCACUCCCUGUCCGGGUGUGUCCGAAUUUUCAAAACCACCCCCCUCCCGCGGACGUCCGGAUUUCCAGCUACUCUUAAGAAUACAAAUAAAACCAACGUCCGGAUUUUCAGAAACUACCUCCCCCUGUCCGGAUUUGUCCGAAAUUCCAAAACCACCCCCUCCCUCUUUGCCGGACGUCCUAAGUAUAUGGCCAUAUAUAAUAUCAAUAAUACUUCAUACUUGCUAAUAAAACGCAUUAACGUGCUCAAUUGUGACAUCUAUUAUGUAUUAAUUUAAACACUUUUCGCGAUUAAAUAAUUCUCAUGAUCUUUAAAUUU